AACACAUUCAUUGUCGUUCACGUGCAAAAUUCAUAAGUCGCGUAUAUGCACCCAUUCGUUGUUGUUCACGUACAAAAUUCGUAAGUGGCGUAUAUCUAUCAUGUACAUGAGAGGGCGUGGUGGCUGACACUCCUAAUAUAUAAAUAAAUAGACGAUGUGUAUCCCUUUAAACUUAAAUUUUUAGGUGUGACAGUCAUUUAACAUUGUUUAACAAGUGCUACAUCUCUUUUAAAAUCAUUUAUACAAUACAAUGAUUAGAAGGAAAUACUGCUGCUAUAUAUGUCGUCUACUCUAAUUAGCUUCUGAGCUCUAACCAUAUACAAUCUCAGUAUCUUAAGUUAUGCUGUCUGAAUUUGAUUUUGAAGUAUUGUCUUGUCUGGAUUCUGCUGUCUUCUCAUAUUAUAUACAUAGAGAGAUUGAAGGAUCAUACAAUUCACAUGCUUAACUUACAAUAUUCGUAUUUCCCCGGAAGUUCUUGAACAAGAUAUAUCAUAUAUAUAGUAGUGUUGUAAUGCUGCUGCAGGAGCAAGUUUAAGCAAAUUAGGAUUGGGAUGGCCAAAACCAAAGAGAAGGAGCUGUUGCAGACUGUCCCUUUCCUCAAGCUCUUCUCCUUUUCUGAUUUUACAGACAAAGUUCUGAUGAGUGUCGGGAUGAUUGGCGCCGUUGGGAAUGGAUUAGCUCAGCCCUUAAUUUCCCUCCUCUUGGGGGAGGCAAUCGACGCUUUUGGUAGAUCAGCUCAAAGCCACCAAACUGUUUCAUAUGUUUCUAAGGUAUCACUUAAAGUUAUUUACUUAGCUCUGGGGUGUGGGGCAGCAGCAUCUCUCCAGGUGGCUUGCUGGAUGAUUACCGGGGAGAGGCAGGCUUCAAGAAUUCGAUGUCUUUAUCUAAAAGCUGUACUGCGGCAAGAGAUUGCUUACUUUGACCAGGAAGUGAGUGCCGGAGAAGUCGUUGGAAUGAUGUCUGCCGAUACUGUCCUUAUUCAUGAUGCCAUUGGGGAGAAGGUUGGAAAGCUUAUCCAAGUUCUUUCAUCUUUAGUAGGAGGCUUUGUCGUCGCCUUUGUAAAAGGAUGGCUUCUUACACUCGUCAUGUUGUCAUCAGUUCCUCUGCUUUUCUCGUGGGGAAGGAUCAUGCAUUUUUUCAGGGCAAGAAUAGCUUCUCGGUCCCAAAAAGCACAUUCUAAAGCAGCCAACGUCGUCCAACAAGUCAUUGGCGCUAUUCGAACUGUAGCUUCAUUUACUUUGGAGAAGCAAGCGGUGGCUAAAUACAAGAAGUUCCUCACCACCUCAUACAAAGCUGAUACAACUAUAGCCUUCAAUAUCGGGCUGGACUAUGGAUUCAACACCCUUUUCCUGUUUAGCAGUCACGGAUGCGGCAUCUUGUUCGGUGCAAGAAUGAUCUUGCACAAUGGCUACACAGGAGGAGAGGUUCUAACUAUACUCAUUGCCGUCGUAGCAGGUUCUAGCGUUUUGUCGCAAGCGACGCCUUGCUUGGCUGCAAUUGCUACUGCCCAAGCAGCGGCAUUCAAAAUCUUCGAGACAAUUAACCGGAGCCCAUCCAUCGAUGCAUACAGCUCAGAAGGGAUGUCAUUAAACGAGAUACGUGGCGAAAUUGAGCUAAGAAAUGUGUCUUUCUUCUAUCCAUCGAGGCCGGAAGAACAAAUAUUAGAUGACUUCUGUCUGUGCGUUCCUAGUGGUGCAACAGCUGCUUUGGUUGGGCAAACCGGAAGCGGGAAGUCUACCGUGAUUUCUUUGAUACAAAGAUUCUAUGAUCCACAGUUUGGUGAAGUUUUAAUCGAUGGGAUUAAUCUGAAAAAGUUCCAACUCAAGUGGAUUCGAUCAAAAAUAGGCAUUGUGAGCCAAGAGCCUAUGCUGUUCACUGCUACCAUUAUAGAAAAUAUUGCAUAUGGAAAGGAAGGAGCAACUUCUGAAGAGAUCAUAGCAGCAGCUGAGCUAGCAAAUUUGAAUGACUUUGUUAACAAACUACCUGAGGGAUUGCAAACUAUGGUUGGGGAGCAUGGGAUUCAGCUUUCUGGUGGUCAAAAACAGAGAGUAGCCAUAGCUAGAGCAAUCCUAAAGGACCCAAAAAUCUUGCUUUUCGACGAGGCAACAAGUGCACUGGAUGCUAACACUGAGAGAAAUGUUGUAAAGGCUCUCGAAGAAAUGAAGGUAAAUCGAACAACAGUUGUUGUGGCUCACCGGUUGAGCACUAUCAGAAAUGCAGAUAUGAUUGCAGUCUUUCACCAUGGACGGAUUGUCGAACAAGGGAAGCACUCGGAAUUGCUCGAGAAUCCCGAGGGAGUUUAUUCAACCCUGGUAUCAUCCCAAGAAGUUCUGCAUGAUGUUGUGAAGCAAACCAGCAAAUAUGAUUCUGAAAUUUGCAUAAGUUCCAAUGUAGAUCGACCGGAUUCAACCGGAACGAAAAGCACGGCUAGUUUUUUAGACUCAAAUUCGAUCGACACACAAAUGGUGAGUCCUUACAGCAUCAAUUCAUCUGAAAAAUUGCAAGAGAUUAAAGAAGUUUCAAUCUUCCGAAUUGCUCGACUUAACAAGCCCGAGCAGCUUAUACUAGUAGCAGCAACCGGAUUCGCUGUCGUUUCUGGUACAAUCUUGCCAUUUUUCGCCUUGGUGAUGUCCAGUGUCAUCGGUGCAUUUUAUGAAUCACCACAUAAACUGAGAAAAGAUUCGAAAUUCGGGGCUCUGAUGCUGUUCAUCAUAGGAGUGAUAGCUCUCAUUUCUACUUUGCUGAGGUCAUUUUUAUUCGGAGUGGCUGGGAAUAGGCUGAUACGACGUAUUAGGCUCAAAUGCUUCGAGAAGGUCGUUAAUAUGGAAAUAGGUUGGUUCGAUAAGCCGGAGAACUCUAGUGGAGCAAUCGGUUCGCGCCUAUCUACAGAUGCAGCCAUGAUCCGAGCUUUAGUUGGCGAUAACCUCUCGCAGCUUGUUCAGCAAGCGGCGUCGAUUGCCGUUGGAUUGGCGAUAGCUUUCCAUGCUAGUUGGGAGUUGUCGUUAGUCGCCUUUGCAAUAAUACCUAUUAUAGGAUUCAAUGCACACAUACAAAUGAAGGCCAUGAAAGGAUUUAGCAGAAAUGCAAAGGUUAGGUACGAAGAAGUGAGUCAAGUUGCUAACAACGCCGUUAGUAACAUAAGAACAGUGGCAUCCUUCUGUGCCCAAGAUAGGAUUCUUAAUGUGUUUACAGAGAAAUGUCGAAGGCCAAUUGCAGAUGGGAUUAAGCAGGGAGUGAUCAACGCCGCUGGUUUUGGUUUAUCGAUGUGCUUUUUGUAUAUGAUCCAUGCUGCGAUCUUCUAUGCAGGAGCUAUGUUUGUUCAGGGAAGAAGAACUACUGCCUUGGAUGUUUUUCGAGUUUAUUAUGCUGUAAAUAUGGGAGCAUUGGCUCUAUCUUCCUCGAGCUCAUUCACCACAGAUUCAAGCAAAGCAAAAGCUGCAGCUGCCUCUGUAUUUGCAAUUCUUGAGAGCAGAUCAAAAAUAGAUCCUAGCGACGAUUCAGGAAUGGUUCCGACAUGUUUUGAUGGAGAAAUUGAGCUCAAACAUGUCUUUUUCAGUUAUCCAACUAGGCCAGACAUUCAAGUUUUGCAAGAUCUUUCCUUAACAAUUUGCGCCGGCGAGAUUGUAGCUCUAGUUGGGGAGAGUGGGAGUGGGAAAUCGACUGUGAUUUCAUUACUACAAAGAUUCUACGACCCAAAUUCGGGUGUUAUUACAAUGGAUGGAGUUGAGAUACAAAAGCUCCAAGUGAAAUGGCUAAGGCAACAAAUGGGGCUUGUGAGCCAAGAGCCUAUCUUGUUCAACGACACUAUCCGAGCCAACAUUGCUAGCGGAAAGGGAGAAAAUACAACUGAGGCGGAAGUCGUAGCCGCGGCAAAGUCAGCUAAUGCACAUGAAUUCAUUAGCACCUUGCAGCAGGGAUACGACACAAUAGUAGGGGAACGUGGGAUUCAGCUAUCGGGGGGACAAAAGCAAAGAGUGGCCAUUGCACGGGCUCUCGUGAAGAACCCGAAGAUACUUCUCCUAGACGAGGCCACAAGUUCAUUAGACGCCGAGUCUGAGAAAAUAGUUCAACAAGCAUUGGACAAGGUGAUGAAGGAUAAGACAACCAUUGUAGUCGCACAUCGGUUGUCGACAAUUAAGAAUGCGAAUACAAUAGUAGUCCUUAGAAAUGGGAUUGUCGUGGAGAAAGGGUGCCACGAGGCUUUGAUGGGGAUGGACGGCGUCUAUUCAUCUUUAGUGAGACUUCCUCACACGACUACUUUAUCAUAAUCGAUCAUGUAUGACAAACAAGACCAAUUGAAACGUGGAGAGGAUUUGAACCCACAAACCGACCCAACAUUACACUACUAGGCCUUCCCAUGUGGGAUAUAAUCAUUAAUUAUGUUUCAUUUAUGGACAUUGCAAUCUAUUGUAUUUCUAAUGAUAAGUAGUGGAAUCAAGUCUCUUACUAAUUUUUCAAA